AUGAAUCUGAAAAGAAGAAUUAUAGUAUUAGUUUUCCUCAUACUUCUUUGGGAGAGUGCGAAAGGCCUGGAACUGUACCCAGGAGAGUGUCCUCCAUUGAACCCCGUCAAAAACUUCGAUAUCCAAAAGUUCCUGGGCGUUUGGUAUGUGCAAUCCUUCUAUCCCUUCGACGAUGAACCCAUGCUGGAGUGCCAGCACUUUCUCUACCAAAGCCACAAGGGUCGUCUCUAUGAAUUCGAGCUACUGCUGGAUAACGAUCACGAUAAACAAGUAAUGACCCGUUCGAGUGUUAUAAGAUACCAUGAAAACACCGGCGGCAUCGAAGUCAAGCGACGCAAUAGCUCCUAUGACAAUCCGCCGCACAAAAAAACCAUUCCUACUCGACCACAUCGCUUUACAAUGUACCCCCUGGCCCUGGACUAUGACUCCUAUGUGGUCAUGGUCACCUGCAACCGCCACAGAAGGAACCAGCAUUACCUGGGCGCCUGGAUAAUGACCAGACAUUGUAGGCCACCAGGAAAGUUCGUUUUGGCCGCUCAGAAUGCCCUGAUCAAGCAGGAUAUCGAAGUCGUGAACAUGAUACAUGCCAAUCACUUCAACUGUGAACUUUUCAAAUGAUGAUUUACGAAUGUCCAGGUCUUUAUUUGAGAUGUUUAUGGAUAAAAGAUAAAGAAAAGAAAGAUUACAAUCGUC